CUUAGCUCUUAGCUUUAGCUCCGCUAAAGAACCUAGAAUAAUCAAGCUUUUUCCAUGAGAUUUAUCUGUCCUUAAGAUAUAAUACAACCACUCAUCCGCAUCGGGAGUCCACCCAUAUUAUUCCUAAAUGAUACUAAACCCAACAGAAUCCCACCCUCACAAUUGAACACUUGACCACCAGACAGCGUUCUUUGGGCCCUUCCCUUCCAGUGGCUAUCUUCCCCUAUUCAUUUUCCUAUCCUCUGUUCACCUCAACACACCUCGCGCGAUUCCUCACGCCUGAUCCGCCGGCCCUGCCUGUUCUUUUUAAAUCGCGGCCCACAAAGAACAUCACCAGAGGCGAGAGGGGCUCUAUGAGUCCGAAACUUCGCUGGCCGAUCUCGGGGCCUCAGAAUGUCUACGGAGCUGUCCCCGCCAGAUUCUCCUGGGUCCUCGUUGCCCAUUGACGAAGGCAUUGCUCCUCCCUUCCAGUCCAACGGUCUCUACCUAGAGCUUGCCCCGUUUGAAUUGGAAAAAAUAUACGACUACGAGACUGGCGGUCACCACCCCGUCCACCUGGGAGAUCUCCUUGGCAGCCAUGGUCAAUACCGUGUCAUCCAUAAACUCGGUCAUGGCGGCUUUGCUAACGUCUGGCUUUGCCGGGACACGAACGCAGAGGAGACAGUCUAUCUUGCGUUGAAAAUACUGAUGGCGGAGGUAUCUACUGAUGACUGUCCCGAACUCCGGAUAUCAAAUGAGCUCAAGAAUUCUCGCAGCGCUGGCCAAGAUGACGACAAUGGUGCAAAUUAUAUAUGUCUCGCACAAGAUCAGUUCAAAAUCCAUGGCCCGAACGGUGACCAUCUUUGUUUUGUUUAUCCUGUUCUCGGGCCUAGUGUUUCUCUCGGCCUGUUCCGUGAUUCCCAAGAUCCUGACAAGGUCUUGAGAAGUAUUUGCUUUAAGACUGUGAAGGCCAUCGAGUUCCUGCAUAGCCAUGGAAUAUGUCACGGCGAUAUUACGCCGAGCAACAUUCUCCACCGCAUUUCCGGCCUCGACGGCCUGGCGGAAGAGGAAGUAUUGCGCAUCUUGGGCAACCCCGUUCAAAACCCGGUUCAGCGGCAAUCGGGCGAGAACCAUGACGACCCGGGUGCUCCUCAGUAUCUUGUCUACCCCGUGGAAUGGCAGGAUGUCGACAGUAGGUACAUUAGGGAGCAACCGUGCCUCAUCGACUUUGGUGAGUCAUUUCUAAUUACGGAGCCCCCCGAAGAUCUCGGCAUACCUGGACCGUAUCGCUCCCCAGAGUUGAUUCUCGACAAAGUCGCCGGAAUCGGCUCCGACAUCUGGGCUCUUGGCUGCUUGCUGUUCGAGAUACGGACCGGGAGGAAGCUCUUCAAUCCUUUCGACGACGAGGACAGUGAUUACCUCGACGCCAUGGUCCAACUCCUAGGAAAGCUACCUGAGCCGUGGUGGUCUACGACAUGGGAGGAGCGGAGUAGGCUUUAUGAGGACGAAACAGACGAGCAUGGCCUUGCAGUCGACGCCAUGAAACCUGAGACUGUAACGAAUGGCUCUGGGGAGGAUAGGGGCCAUCCGGCUUCUAUCGCCCAUCCAUCUGUUGUGCAGGGUGCUCGAUCGCUACGGGAGAUUAUUGCCCCUGGGCUUUGGUAUCUGGCCAAUAAUAGAGCAGGUCACCAUCGGGAUAUCUCUGGACGGGAAAAGGACGUUUUUGCCGAUCUUUUGGGUCGGCUGUUGCAGUACGAGCCGAAAGAUCGGAUUAGCGCGAAAACCGCGCUGGAUCACGAGUGGUUCAAACUAUGACUAGGUGAGAAGUCUUUCGUGGACAAUAGAGCGCGUGUGUUCCUCAAGCAGAUAUCGUAUUGCUCCGUUAACGCAGAAUGGUGAUCGUGUUGAGGUCCGAGUUGGCUACCGGACAGUACUAUCAGACGGAUUUUGCUUUCUACCUACCACAAAAACCUAGGCCCCCAGAGUCUCCUGGAGGACCGGACCACGUUAGAAGUCGUUGGGGCGGUUGACUGAGAGAAUGGCGGUUUCUAUGAUGAGGAAUUUUCGCAUCCUUAGGCUGUGGAUAGGGUUAGUUACCUUGACGCGUACUCCGAUGAUGCUGAACUUCAGAAGCUUCUCUCCCUCCUUCAGGAGAAGUGACGAGCUCUCAGUCGGGGGGGUACGGGACUGAGUGGGAGACCAAAUCUCAACCUACACGUUCCAUGGUUACUUCUUUACGUUUAGCCGCUAGAACCUUAGCUACGGUUAAGAUAUUUUUUUAACGUCGUUCGAUUAGCCGUACGCGUAUUAUUAAAAGCGAUUCUCGGUCCGGGAUAUUC